CCACUUCCGUGCGUGCGGACACAUGGCGGGGCCCGCGGCCUCCCGGGAGCUGCUGGACCUGCGGCGCCGGCCAGGGCUGGAAGACAUUUUGCUGAUUAAUUCAAAGUGCAGCACCAAGAAGGCCACAACUUUACAGACUGUUAAGGUGCCAAGGAGCAAUGUUUUGGACCGGGUACAGAGCUUUUUACCCCAGAUGGCGCAGGCAAAUGAUGAACUCAAAAGAAAAAUGGUAACAGCACCUGCUCAUCAGUUUGAUAUUGAACAUCUAGACAGUGAAACAGAAAAAGUUAUAGAAAUGAAUGUGGCUGUAGUUGAACUGAGUGAGUCUGAUACAGAUGAGGAGUUGCUGACUUCAGAAGAUGACUCGGAAUCUGAUGAAGAUGACUCUGUAACUGAUGAAGUGACAGUAGACAACAUCAAGUUUCCCAAACAAAAGGGAGAAAAGGGCAAAAUAGAAAUUUUGGACAGCAAAGCAAAUUAGUAAAUCCAUUUUGUUUUAUUUUAAAAAAACCCAAACCAACCAAAUCGUGUUUUCUCACUUUGAAGAGCUGGCCCUUAAAACCACUUUGUUUUCCCAGUGUAGCAUCUCUCAGGAUCCUGUGAAAUGUUAUAGUUUACAUGGUGGAGAAUUCAGGAUCCACUCAUGACUGGGGAAGGCUGAAUUUCUGAAGAACUAAGUGCAAUUUCAUUCAUUAAAUAACAGGGAAAUGCACUUCAUAGUAGAUUACACCAAGAAAACAGCUAGAGUAAGGGGCACUUGAAAGUUAAAAAUUCUUGUCCUGUUGCUUUGUUGAAGAAAGACUUUUUAUAGGAAGGUAGAAUUUUUUGCUUCAAUGGCAAGAAAGAAUUAACUAGGAAAAAAGCUUUGUUUUACUAUUCCAUAUCCUGUGAAGUGCUGUGUACACUCUCUUCAAUAUUAAACAUGAUCUUUAAUACCUCAGAGGUAUGUCUACAUCGCAUUCAUGGUGGUGACUGCUGAGCACCGGAGCUGUGGCUGAGCUAGCUCAUUUCCAGCUGAGCCAGCCUGGCUAAGGAGAGCCAUGACCAGAGAGUUCAGCAAAGAGUUUCUCACCCUGUGUGCCUGCACUGAGCUCCACACCAGCACGGGGAGGUUACAGGCUCAUUGUGAAACGUUUUGGCUGUGGUGCAAACACCCUCCAUACUCAAAGGAUCAAGGCUGCCUCUGGGGUGUUAUGAUAGCUUUAAGCUACACUUUUCAUCCCCCAAUUUCCAUGCCACAUUUCCAAUCUCCAUUUUGUUAACUGUCACUGAAGGAUGAAAAGGUGAAAUUUCAACUUGUACCUAAGUUGGCUUCACACGAUUGUGAAAGCAGAAUCAGUGAAAGUGUGUCUCAUUCAUAUUUACCUCAUAUUGAUAAAAUACAAUGGUUUGGGCUAUUACAUUUAAUUCAUAGAUCAAUUUGCAUUUCAGAAGUAUCUGUCAUGCUCCUGGACGUCAUUGUUUCUUAAAGGAACUUUGUAUUUUCUACACCAUUAAAGUAAAAUUUUCUAUACUGUGUUUGCUUAAAUAUUAAACUUAACAUCAUGACUUGAAA